AUGACUUCUCAGUUACCAGAUUUUCCUUGGCAGGUUGUACGAACGGACUUGAUAGAGUUAAAUGGAGCUCAUUAUCUUGUCGUCAUUGACUACUUCUCAAGAUAUCCAGAACUUAUCAAGUUGACGUCCACCACAACCUUAGCAGUAAUUCCAGCAUUGAAAUCUGUUUUUGCCCGUCACGGCAUCCCUGAUAUUCUCAGGAGCGACAACGGACCUCAGUAUACCGCUUGGGAAACAAAAGAGUUUGCCAACGCUUAUGGAUUUGUCAUGAUAACCAGCAGCCCUAGGUACCCGCAGAGCAACGGAAUCAUGGAGCGGAUGGUCAAAUCCAGCGAACAGCUACUGACAAAGACGGAUGACCCACAUCUCGCGCUAAUAGUUUACGGAUUCACGCUACUGCCUUGGUGCACUUUCAGUCCUUUAGAAUUGCUCAUGGAAAGACGAUUGGGAACAACGAUGUCACAGUCGACAGCACAACUCACCCCACACUGGAAUUAUAUAAAGAAGUUUUGUAAAGCAGACAAUCUUUACAAAGGAACAGAAGAAGAACUUUGA